AUGGAUGUCCUGAGCGUGGACGACUGGAGCAAAGGCGCACUGGAGGCAGCGGCGGCCCUCGGCUCACGGCAGCAGAGCCCCAGAGCCGUGGAGAGGUUAGGGAAGCAGCAGCUCGAGGUGUCCCGCUACGAACCCGGACUGACGCUCGUGGACAGCGGCAGUGACCCACGCGCCUGGCUGGCCUCAGUGCCGCCCUCUGGCACCUGGGAGGCACACGCCACUUCACCCGACUACCUGCGGCACUCGCCCUGCCCGAGCAGCGGCUCCUACCACGAGAUCGGCUCCCCGGGGUCGUCGGGCCAUCCCAGCCCCCCCAGCUACAGAAAAUCUGCCAAGAGCCCCUCCUCUUCUUCGCUCAAAGUCAGGGACCUUUGCCGUCUCAAAGGCGCGGUCGCCGGGCCCGACGAGGAGGCACCCGCGAGACAGAGAGCCCCGUCCAGCAAACCGAUCAGCGGGAUCCAGAGACAGAGGCGCGUGGCCGCCAACGCGCGCGAGAGGAGGCGGAUGCACGGGCUUAACCACGCGUUUGACGAGCUGCGCAGCGUCAUCCCGGCGCUCGACAACGACAAGAAACUCUCCAAAUACGAAACUUUACAGAUGGCGCAGAUUUACAUCAACGCACUGGCCGAGCUGCUCCAAGGCCCGGUGGCUUCCAACAGCAGCGACAGCGACGUCUCCGCCAGUAACAACAACUCGCCAACGUGUGACAUCGUGCUCUCCUCCGCCGUGGCUUUUGACGGGGCGGAGGACCGGGCCCCCCGUUCCCCUACGACCUGCAGGACAGCGGCGGCCGUGUCCGUCUCGGGCGGCAGCUUACCCGUCCACGUCGGCGGGACGCCGUUCCGCUCCGCCUUCGACGACGGUUCGUUUUCCGCCAUGGUCGAAGAAGCGAUGCGCUCGCCCUCCCCUUCGUCCUCCACUCGGCCGGGCAGCUCGCUGGCACCGGUCGGGGGUGGAAUGAAGGAGUCCCCCCGGAGCGACGGAGAGUUUUCCCCGCGCUCCCACUUCAGUGACUCCGAUGAAAUAGCGAUGGAGCUGCACUCGAGCGAAGAAGAUGACCUGUCAGAACUCAAGCUACCCAGCCACCAGCAUCACUCUCUCUCUUUCUAA